UGGUCUCCUUUCUCCCUUCUUCAGACGACAAAGCUUUCAGCUUUCUUUCCCUUCCCUUUCCCGCCCUGAAAAAACCGAAGAAUCAAUCAAUCGAGAGAGAGAGCGAGAGAGAGAUGAGCGACGUCUCGGAACUGCCAAAUAAGGAGGCAAACGUGCUGAAAGGUCACGAAGGAGGAGUCUUAGCCGCAAGAUUCAACGGUGACGGAAAUUAUUGCCUGAGUUGCGGCAAAGACCGCACCAUUCGUCUUUGGAAUCCUCACCGCGGAAUCCACAUUAAGACCUACAAAUCUCACGGUCGUGAAGUUCGCGAUGUUCACGUCACCCAGGAUAAUUCGAAAUUAGUUUCUUGUGGAGGAGACCGACAAGUGUUUUACUGGGAUGUGGCUACUGGUCGUGUAAUUCGGAAAUUCCGAGGACAUGGUAGUGAGGUGAAUGCUGUGAAAUUUAAUGAGUAUGCAUCUGUUGUGGUAUCAGCAGGUUAUGAUCAAUCAUUGCGUGCUUGGGAUUGUAGAUCUCAUAGUACUGAGCCAAUUCAGAUCAUUGACACGUUUUCAGAUAGUGUGAUGUCUGUGUGUUUGACGAAAACUGAAAUCAUUGCUGGAAGUGUUGAUGGUACUGUUAGAACAUUCGACAUUCGUAUUGGGAGAGAAAUAUCUGAUAACUUGGGGCAUCCUGUCAACUGUAUCUCGAUGUCAAAUGAUGGUAACUGCAUAUUAGCGAGUUGCUUAGAUUCUACUUUGCGCCUAUUGGACAGAACUACAGGCGAGCUUUUACAAGAAUAUAAAGGACAUAUAUGUAAGUCAUACAAGUUGGAUUGCUGCCUCACCAACACUGACGCCCAUGUUGCUGGUGGCUCAGAGGAUGGCUACAUUUACUUCUGGGAUCUUGUGGAUGCGUCUGUGUUGUCACGUUUCCGAGCUCAUUCCUCAGUGGUAACAAGUGUGAGUUACCAUCCAACUGACAACUGCAUGGUAAGCGCCUCUGUAGAUGGCACAAUUAAGGUUUGGAAAACAUGAGAAAGAAGGGAGCCAGUAUUCUGGACACCAAGCUGCAAUUCCAUACCAUUUACAUGAACAUAAACAAGAAAGAAGCUCGUUAAGGUCCAACCAAACCCUCUCCUGUAGCGAGAUUCACUUGCUGCCACAUCAAUUCUACUUUUUUUUCUGAGAAUUUUGUACCCAUUUGACAGUCCAUGUAAAACAUCGGUGUUGUAUUGUGUAUCACGGGUUCCAUUUAAAAAGUAGUGGAAACUUGCUUUCUAGCAUCAUCACCUAA